UUCACGGUUGCCGGUGUUAAGCUUCCCGAUCAGUCAGCCCGUGACGGUGCGCGAGCUUGAACCGAGUCCGCCUCUACUGCAAGCGUGUGUCUCAUCGCAUUGCACGGUUUUUGUUGGUGACAGUGCAGUUUAAGGAUUGAAAGUAAAACGUGAAACAAUUAGCACAAUGAGUAAUUACGUGGAAAGAAUGUCGGUGCAGUACCACAAUUUCUACCAGGGUGCAGAUCCUCUAAUCGAUAGCUGGCCACUGAUGCAGACACCGACACCGAUCCUUACGAUAUCGGGCCUGUAUUUGCUGUUCGUCCUGUGGUUCGGUCCACGUUGGAUGGAGCAACGUAAACCGUUCGAGCUGAAGCAUACACUGAUCGCGUACAAUGCAGCCCAAGUCGUGGUAUCGACCGUGUUCUGUCUCACGCCUUUCUUUACCGAUCUUUUUGCACAGUACAUGUCGAUGUCCUGCGGCGAACCGAUGACUGGCGUUAGCAGAGAGCUGCAGCUGACGAUCUGGAACGGUGCUUGGAUAUACCUGAUGCUAAAAAUUGUGGAACUGCUCGAUACCGUAUUCUUCGUGUUGCGCAAGAAACAGAACCAGGUGUCAUUUCUCCACGUGUACCACCAUACAAUAAUGGUGCUGUUCACAUGGUUCUAUUUGAAGUACAUUCCCGGAACGCAUGCAGCAUUUAUUGGUGUGCUGAACUCGUUCGUGCACGUCUUCAUGUACACUUACUACCUCAUCGCGGCCCUCGGACCCCAGGACGAGCAACAGAAACGUCUGUGGGACAAGAAGUACCUGUUCUGGAAGCGUCAUCUGACGACGCUACAGCUGCUGCAGUUUGGCAUUAUGCUGUGCUAUUUCGUGCUCAUCAACAGCAUGCAGUGUCAGGUGCCGCGCGCAUUAACGUACUUCUUCGUCAGCAACAUUACCAUCUUUCUGUUUCUGUUCAUCGACUUCUACCGGAAGGCGUACCGGAAGCGGCCGGUUAGUGUGAAGGUGGAUUAAAAUGGUUUGAUAAAAUAGAUUUUAAGGAUUUUUUUUAAUACACUGUUUAAUUUAUUUAUUAAAACCAGUAAUUCAAUGUUUUAUCAUGGUGCAGUAGCACAAAAAUAAAAUGUUGGUUGAGUACUGCCUUUCAAAUAAGCAAAUGUUGGAAUGUUUCUUUCUUAACGUCCUGCGCUGGAUGCUGUCUUUUUUGAUCGCGUGUGCUGACAGCAUCAUUCGUUCCCGAAUGAUCAUACCCCCAAAACCGCACGAAACCGGUUCUUUGCUUUUUUUCUUCUUUCACUCCGUUGUUGGUCUACCUGCUACGCGUUAUUACGAAGCGGUCAAGCGUUUUUGGGGUUUUACUUCGAUGCCUCCACAACCGGGGAACCGCGUACGGGUUCGCACAACCCGUUCCAAACGAUUGUCCCGGGAGUUAAUUUAUGCAAAACUAA